GUUCCUCUACCCUAAACAGCUCUGGUAGCUUCGAUUUCACCACUCGAUCUUCAACAAUGGAAGGAGGAGGAGGCAAUUUAGACGCGCAAAUAGAGCAAUUGCUCAACUUGGAGAAGCAGAUGAGGCUCUCCGGCGACGUCGCCGGAACCAAGAAGGCCGCCACUGACAUUCUUGAGCUCUGCUUCAAAGCCGGUGCUUGGAAGACUCUCAAUGACCAGAUCGUCGUCUUGUCCAAACGCCGUGGUCAGCUCAAGCAGGCUGUAACUGCAAUGGUCCAGCAAGCUAUGCAAUACAUUGAUCAGACACCAGAUAUUGAAACUCGUAUAGAGCUUAUCAAAACACUAAAUAAUGUUUCUGCUGGAAAGAUAUAUGUUGAAAUUGAGAGAGCUCGGUUGAUCAAAAGACUUGCUAAGAUUAAGGAAGAGCAAGGCCAUAUUGCUGAAGCGGCUGAUCUGAUGCAAGAAAUAGCGGUGGAGACUUUUGGUGCUAUGGCAAAAACUGAGAAGAUUGCAUUCAUUCUUGAACAAGUUCGUCUGUGCCUGGAUCGGCAAGAUUAUGUUCGUGCUCAAAUACUAUCAAGGAAAAUCAGUCCAAGAGUUUUUGAUAUUGAUGCUUCAAAAGAAAAGAAAAAACCCAAAGAAGGUGACGGUGUUGUUGAAGAAGCUCCAGCUGAUAUACCAUCGCUCCUAGAAUUGAAAAGGAUCUACUAUGAAUUAAUGAUAAGGUAUUAUAUUCAUAACAAUGAUUACCUUGAGAUUAGCCGUUGCUAUAAGGCGAUAUACGAGAUUCCUUCUGUUAAAGAGAAUCCAGCCCAGUGGAUACCGGUCUUGAGGAAAAUCUGUUGGUACUUGGUUCUGUCUCCAUAUGAUCCAAUGCAGUCCAGCCUUCUUAAUUCCACCCUGGAAGAUAAGAAUCUUUCUGAGAUCCCUUAUUUUAGGUUGCUGUUGAAACAGGUGGUAACUAUGGAGGUCAUACAAUGGACAGCUCUAUGGAAUACAUACAAGGCUGAGUUUGAGAAUGAGAAGAGCAUGCUAGGAGGCUCUUUGGGUGACAAAGCAGCUGAUGAUCUGAAGCAGAGAAUAAUUGAACAUAACAUUCUUGUUGUUUCAAAGUACUACUCAAGGAUUACCUUGAAGAGACUUGCAGAGCUACUGUGUCUGACUAUGCAGGAAGCUGAGAAGCAUCUCUCAGAUAUGGUUGUGUCCAAGGCACUGGUGGCCAAGAUUGACAGACCAAUAGGAAUAGUCUGUUUCCAAACUUCAAAGGAUAGCAACAAUGUUCUGAAUUCAUGGGCUAUGAACUUAGAGAAACUACUUGAUCUUGUUGAGAAAAGCUGCCAUCAGAUACACAAAGAAACCAUGAUUCACAAAGCUGCUCUGAAGGCUUAAAGACUUGAGGUAGAAGUCCUGUCGUGUGGCAUGCUUAGUUUGGGUUUUCAAAAGUACUACGGAUAACUGAGAUUAUGUUUCCUUUUGGAUAAACGCGGACUGAGUUUUCAAUUCCAGCAUUGGAUUAUAUAUCAAGAAUUGAUCAGGCAUAUGUCCCAAAAUAGUUGUUCGCUGGAUAUGGCUCUUAGAACUAAAAGACUUGUGUACUACGGUCACAUAACUUGCCAAUUGAGUGUUUCACUUCUUGUUCUUUGGCCUCAUUCAAGAUGAUAUGGUUCCUGCCUUGUAUCU